GUAGAAAUUUCUCAGAGAGAACAGAUCUCAGUAUUAGAAGCUCAAUUGAUGGAACAAGGUGGACAAGUUGAUAAAGAUUUAAUAAAGUUGAGAACUGAACUGGCUUUAGCAAAAGAAUCUGAAAUUUCGGAAAAGAAAACAAUAGCUAACCUUGAAACCAAGUUGGGUAGUUCAGAAUCCGAAGUUUCGAUUCUUCAGAAUGAAAUCGAUGAAUUGAAAUUAAAAGAAAAUGAACAACUUAGAAUGAUUCAAGAUCGUGAAAAUAAAUU